UUGUUACAUUUCCCAUAAAUAGUCGUAAUAAAACAACAUCCCACAACCAAUUUACUUCUCUAAAGUGAGUUUACAAAGUAAUUUAAAAGCAAAACAGAAUAUUAAAUGAGUAGUUCACCCAAAUAUGAAAAUUUUCCCAUGAUCUCAGACUUCAUUUCUUCAAUUUAAAUAUAAAAACAUUUGUUUGUCAUGUUACUGUACAAACGCUGCAGUCAUAUCUUAGAUGUGUUUUCCAACUCCUGCCUCGCCCCUCCAGACACCCACACCCAGAUGAAAGCCAUGUGAGAAAGAAAGAGAGCAGGGUUUAUGAAGAGGGGGAUGAGAAGAGAAAGAGAUACCUCUGCGUCGGGCACUUAGGGCGAGCUCUGCCUCCAAAAGCGCAGCGAGAUGAAGAGAACAGAGAACGAGUGAGCGAGGCCGAAAAGUGAGCAGGAGACAGACAGAUAGAGAAAAGAAAAGGGACAGACCCCGUAUCAACACUGCUAUUGGGUAGAUUUAGAAGUUUUAGACCCAAGGGGUCGGACUCCUUUGCACCUGGCAGUGACGCUAGACCACGUGGACUGUGCCCGUCUAUUACUCCAGCAUGGCGCCGACGUCAGCAAAGAAAACCGAAACGGCUGGACAGUGUUGCAGGAAGCCAUCAGCACACGUGACCCCGAGAUGGUGAGGCUGGCGCUGCGUUACCGUGACUACCAGCGCACCGCUAAACGAUUGGCCGGGAUCCCACGGCUGCUGGAGAGACUGCGACAGGCACAGGAUUUUUAUGUGGAGAUGAAAUGGGAGUUUACGAGCUGGGUUCCACUAGUGUCUCGUAUCUGUCCGAGUGACACAUAUCGGGUGUGGAAGAGUGGUCAGUGCCUGCGGGUGGAUACUACACUCAUGGGAUUUGAACAAAUGACCUGGCAAAGAGGCAAUCGCAGUUUCAUAUUCAAGGGUCAAGACUCUAGCGCUACGGUAAUGGAAGUGGAUCAUGACAGACAGCUGGUGUUCUGCGAGACGCUCCCAAGCCUGUCUUCCUCUUCUUCCUCACCUGCCUCCCCUUCCUCUAGGCAGUGCACUACCUCUUUAAACCUUCUCGGGGCGCUGCAGCCCAGCGACAAACAGGUGGCGGCACGUCUAUCUGCUCCUGUGGUUGCCACGCAGCUUGAUCCCAGGAACAUCUCUUUUGAGAGGAAUAAAACUGGGAUUCUUGGCUGGAGGAGUGAAAAGACAGAGAUGGUUAAUGGGUAUGAAUCAAAGGUUUAUUGCGCCUCUAACGUAGAAUUGAUCACGCGGACACGUACUGACCAUCUCACCGACCAGAACAAAACAAAAGCUAAAGGCGGUAAGACGCCUCUGCAGUCAUUCCUGGGUAUUGCCGAACAGCAUGUGGGGCCAAACAAUGGACACACUAUGGUGACUCAGAUAUCGUGCCCUGUUACGAACCCUUCGGCCCUGACAGCUGAGGAAUACUUUAAUCCCAGUCUGAGUCAGAGUCCGAGAGACAUCGGCCAGCCUUGUCACCUCACCACCAAAACGCAAAGAUUCAAAGCUAAGCUUUGGUUGUGUGAAUCGCAUCCUUUAUCUCUGGCGGAGCAGGUCGUUCCUAUCAUUGACCUCAUGGCCAUCUCCAACGCCCUGUUUGCUAAACUUCGGGAUUUUAUCACCUUACGCCUGCCCCCUGGAUUCCCUGUCAAGAUAGAAAUUCCCAUCUAUCACAUCCUGAACGCUCGCAUCACCUUCGGGAACCUGAAUGGCUGCGAGGAGGGUGGAGUGCUUCGGGUGGAGGGUGAAGGACAGAAGGAGAGUCCCAAGACUGAGACACCGUCUCCAGGCAGCGACUCCUCCAGCGUAUCCAGCUCCAGUUCCACGAGUAUGAAUCAACCUGCAUACAAAUACUCAGGUCGUGGAUGGGAGAUUCCACCCAGUGUGUUUGAAGCACCGCGAGGCUACAGCGUGUUAGGAGGAAACCAGAGGCAGAACAUAAGAGAAGAAGAAGAUGACCUGCUGCAGUACGCCAUACAACAGAGUCUGAUAGAAGCUGGAUCAGAGUAUGACCAGGUGACCAUCUGGGAAGCUUUGACCAACAGUAAACCAGGGACACACCCUUCGCCCUGUGACCCGAACCGCCUUGAAAGAACCCCACAGCACAAACCCAGCCCUGCGGAGAGCCCUCGAAGCACACCGACCAAUAAGCCACCACGCAGCUACAACGAGCAGCUGCGUUUAGCCAUGGAGCUGUCCGCCCGCGAACAGGAAGAGGCGGAGCUUCGUCAAAGACGAGAAGAAGAGGAGCUGCAACAUAUCAUACAGCUGUCACUCAUGGAGAAGUGACAAAGCUCCAGGGCCUACGGGAAACUAAGUGGUGGGAGGAGCAUGCCUGGGGAUAUACAACGAACGUGAGCUGCGAUUGGUCGAUUGGUUCAAAUGCCCCGUCCUCUUCUUCCACUUGCUCAGAUCUCUGGGCUUGUCUUCACUUUGAAAGUUUACAACCACCACACACUACGAACUAAACCCACUAACUGACCAGUACCAAUCUGGUGCUCUCUUGGACAGAAGGGCCAGUCUGUGCUGCGUACCUUAGCGUUGUUUUUAAAAGCCAUCAUCCCAUCGCUCAGCCAGAGACUCGGUGGUAGUGCUGAAUUCAGAAGGAAAUGUUAAAUGUCACGUUUUAGUUUUACGCAGGCACAUUUUGGUUUUAAACAGGCACAUUGCCUCCUCUUGGAAAGGGGAUGGAGAAUAGAGGCACAUUACAAUAGAGGAAAACAUGUUUGUAAAAGCAAUGUUUGAUUUCUCUAGUGUGUAAGCACCCUGAAGGGAACAUCUGACAGCUGAUCGGCAGCUAUUCUCUGUUCUUUAUGUCAACAGCAUGAUUUAUUAUUAUUAUUACUAUCAUCAGCCAGAUUGAUUAUUACUAAUUAUGUAAUAUGAACUGAAACUAAUACAGAAAAGAUAACCAUU